AUGGCAGCGCCAGCACCAUCUUACACCAAGGUCACUCACUCCGCCACAUAUGCCGCCAUCAACCCGACUCAGCCUGGCCUCUCCACAGCAGGCAAGGUUGUGCUAAUUACUGGAGCAUCCGGCGGCAUCGGCCGGGCCACAGCCUUGUCCUUUGCAGCAUCAGGCCCCCAAACCCUUAUCCUCCUGGGCCGACGCGCCGACGCCCUAGCCAAAACCGCCACAAUUGUCCGCGCCAACUACGCAGAUGUUCCGGUUCAAACCUACGAGGCCGAGCUCUGCAAUGCAUCGAGCGUCCGCAACUCUAUGAAUAACGCGGCCGCCGAAUUCGGCGGCAUCGACGUCCUUGUCCACUGCGCCGGCGUCCUUGCCCCCGUCGUUCCCCUUCUGGAAGCCAACCCGGAUACUUUCCUGGAUGGCUACAAGACUACCGUCGUCGGGACGCUGGUAACAGCGCAGGCUGUUGUCCUGGCAAACAAAACUGUUAGCCCCGACGAGAACAAGCCAGUCACGUUUAUCAACCUCACCACGGCCGGGAUCCUGUUUCCGCCUUUCACUGGAAUGGGCGCCUACGUGAGCAGCAAGAUGGCUGCCAUUAAGCUUCUGCAGGCCUUUGCGGCUGAGAACCCACAGGUCCGUCUUCAUAAUGUGCAUCCUGGACUCCUGGAGACAGCCAUGUCUGCCAAGCUGGCCGAGACGAUCAAGUUACCAUAUGCCUAUGAUGACAUCUCACUCCCCGCCGACUUUCUUGUCUGGAUCGCCUCCCCGGAAGCAGAGUUUCUUAAGGACAAGAUCGUCUUCGCCGCCUGGGACGUCGAUGAGCUUAAGAUGCGCGAGAAGGAGAUUCUUGGUGGCCCACCGGGCACCGGUGAGCUCUGGCUUGGCUAUCAAGGUUUCCCUCGAUAUAUGGAUGGCCAGCUUUUGUCGGGUACACCGUAA